GGCGGGGCUUGGGCCAGCCGCCAUCUUGGAUGGAUCAGAGCAAGAGAAGAGGUGCUCUUUUCUCUCUUCUGCAGAAAUUCAUCUCUUUUUAUUAAUUUCGCAGAAAAGUGGUGAUAUCCUCUAUGAGCAAAAGGUUGUGAAGCUGCUCGAAAGACACCCUGCUCCCAACCCUUCUAGCAAUUGAUUUGCCAUGGAUCAAGACUAUGAACGGCGUCUUCUCCGCCAGAUCAACAUCCAGAAUGAGAACACAAUGCCUUCCGUGACCGACAUGCGGAGGACUCUGACGCCGUCCAAUUCCCCCGUCUCUUCUCCCAGUAAACAUGGUGACAGGUUCAUUCCUUCCCGAGCUGGGGCCAAUUGGAGCAUCAGUUUCCACAGAAUAAAUGAAAAUGAAAAAUCUCCGAGUCAAAACAGAAAAGCAAAAGACGCCACCUCGGACAAUGGCAAAGACGGCCUUGCUUAUUCUGCCUUGUUGAAGAACGAGCUUUUAGGCGCUGGGAUAGAAAAAGUCCAAGACCCGCAGACGGAAGACCGGCGACUCCAACCCUCCACGCCAGAAAAGAAAAGCCUUUUCACGUAUUCCCUCACUACAAAACGCUCCAGCCCAGAUGACGGGAACGAAGUCUCGCCGUAUUCCCUCUCCCCCGUCAGCAACAAAAGCCAGAAAUUGCUCCGCUCCCCCCGGAAGCCCACACGCAAGAUCUCCAAGAUCCCCUUCAAAGUGCUGGAUGCGCCGGAGCUGCAGGAUGACUUCUACUUGAACCUGGUGGACUGGUCCUCCCUCAACGUCCUUAGCGUUGGCCUCGGGACCUGCGUCUAUCUCUGGAGCGCCUGCACCAGCCAAGUGACGCGACUGUGCGACCUCUCUGUGGAAGGCGAUUCAGUCACCUCUGUGGGAUGGUCAGAGCGGGGCAACUUGGUGGCCGUUGGGACCCACAAAGGCUUCGUCCAGAUCUGGGAUGCUGCUGCGGGGAAAAAGCUCUCCAUGCUGGAAGGCCACACAGCCAGAGUGGGCGCCUUGGCGUGGAAUGCGGACCAGCUCUCUUCCGGCAGCCGGGACCGCAUGAUCCUCCAGCGGGACAUCCGGACCCCUCCUUUGCAGUCUGAGCGGCGCCUCCAGGGUCAUCGGCAGGAGGUCUGUGGCCUGAAAUGGUCCACGGACCACCAGUUGCUGGCAUCCGGCGGGAAUGACAACAAGCUCCUGGUCUGGAACCAUUCGAGCCUCAGCCCCGUCCAGCAGUACACGGAGCACCUUGCGGCCGUCAAAGCCAUCGCCUGGUCUCCCCACCAACACGGGCUGCUGGCCUCCGGAGGCGGGACAGCCGACCGGUGCAUCCGCUUCUGGAACACCUUGACUGGGCAGCCCCUGCAGUGCAUUGACACAGGGUCACAGGUCUGCAACCUGGCCUGGUCCAAGCACGCCAACGAACUGGUGAGCACUCAUGGCUACUCGCAGAACCAGAUCCUUGUCUGGAAGUACCCUUCCUUGACUCAGGUGGCCAAGCUGACCGGCCACUCCUACAGAGUCCUUUACCUGGCAAUGUCGCCUGAUGGAGAGGCCAUUGUCACCGGAGCCGGGGAUGAGACGCUGCGGUUUUGGAAUGUCUUUAGCAAAACCCGCUCCACCAAGGAGUCUGUUUCGGUGCUCAACCUCUUCACCAGGAUACGGUAAAACAAAAAACCAAUGACACACACCGAACGAACUGUGUUUUUUUUGGGGGGGGGGUCAAAACCACUAACCGGCGUGCAUGGGAACGACGGGAGGGGGGGAGGGUGGUGGGAGCGGGAUAUGUGGGGGGUGCAAGAAGAUGAUGAUUAUUAAAUACCUGUGAAUGCAGUCGGACUUUAAUUUGCUGGGAGAAAAAGAGCCGCCGAAAAGAUUUCCAGGACAAAAAAAGGGGUGGAGGGGAAAAUACCUGGGAUUUCCAGAUGUGCGAAUGUAUGAUCGAGAUGCAUGAUGUUAUUAUAUGGAUGCCGGACUCGUCAAAAGAAAAAAACUUGGAUUACAAUGAGUCGUUAAUUAUUUUGAUACGGAAGGAAAGCGAAGAACGGCAGUUCGCGAAGUUGAACAGGUUUCAAGAAUAACAACAAAUCCGAAAAGCAACCAUCGCAAUGAAGAUACUGACUCUUUUUAUUUGAGGCGCCGCUUUCCAAAUUUGGCUGGGGACCAUGGGGAAUAAUGUGCUUUAGCGUAUCUCUUUGAUGGAAGGCAAAGAGAGGUUGAACACAGUUUUUAAAAUCAAAUCUUAAUCCUUCUUGGGGGAAACGUUGAGAUCCGCUCGGUUUCAGUGGGGUUUUCAAAAGCGGAAUUGGAAACUGACACAGGAUUGAAAGCUGUCUCUGAAUCAGGGGCGGAAAACAGGAAUUUGGAAGCAGAAAUGGGUAAAGUUGCAUUGAUGCAGAUCCUUUCCGUGGUUUUCGUCUGAGCCUCAAAAAAAGGAGAACAAAGCCCUUCUUUUCUUUCACUUUGCCUUCAUCUUCCACCCAUCUGUUCAGCACAUUUCUUCCUUUGUCCUUCUUCGUUUUCGGAAGAACUCGGAACAUUUGUUUGUCAGUUCACAAGGAACUGACUGUUUGUCACAUCGUGUUUUGGGAUACGUUGGACUACAACUCCCAGAUUCUUAUUCUUCAACAUGCCAACGGAAACAUUAGGGUUGCUUUUGUGGUUGAUUUCUUUAUCCUUGUUGUGAGUACAGGAAGGGCUUUUAGCCACGGUUUGAGUCAUUUUAGAUCAGGAGUUGGAUACAAGAGGCUAGAAAUCCCUUCUAAUUUAUCUCCCGGCUUCAAAGGAGGCAAAAAUGAGCGAUUUCUAGUCUCAUUCUAGAUUGAAAAUGCUCUUUUUGUGCCCCAGAAUAUGGUGACAAUGCCCCAUGUUAGGGAUCCCAAAGCUCUCCUUUUAUAGCUAAGAGCAUGUGGUUGGCCCCAUUGUAAAGAAGCCCUGAAGCUUGAAGCCAUCACUUCAAUUGUCCAUCUCUUUCCAUCGUUUCGAUAAAAGGAAGAACUCAAUUGGCUAUAUGGUGACAACGUCCCAUGUUUGGGAUCCCAAAGAUCUCCUUUCAUAGAUAAGAUAAAGAAGCCCUGAAGCUUCAAGCCAUCACUUCGAUUUGCCAUCUUUUUCCAACCAAUUUUCCAUUGGUUUGAUAAAGGAAGAUCCCAAUUGCUUAUAUAAUGACCUUGCCCCAUGUUUGGGAUCCCAAAGCUCUCCUUUUAUAGCUAACAGCAUGUGGUUUAUCCCAGUUGUCGAGAAGCCCGGAAAUGUGAAGCCUUCGCUUCCAUUUUCCAUCUUUUUUUUGUUUUGUUAGAGGAAGAACUCGGUCACGUAUAUGGUGACCACACCCCAUGUUUGGGAUCCCAAAUAUCUCCUUUUAUAACUAAGAGCAUGUGGUUCACCCCAAUGGUAGAGAAGCCCUGAAGCUUGAAGCCAUCGCUUCCAUUUUCCGUCUCUUUAGACAAGAUUUUUACAACCAAUUUUCCAUCAGUUUGAUAAUGGAAGAACCCAAUUGCAUAUAUGGGGACAAUGUCCAUGUUUGGGAUCUCAGAGUUCUACUUUUAUAUAUAAGAUAGAGAAGCUUAGAAGCUUGAAGCCAUCGCUUUGAUUUUACAUCUCUUUUCCAUCUGUUUGAUAAAGGAAGAACCCAAUCACAUAUGUGUUGACAGUGCCCCAUGUUUGGGAUCCCAAAGCUCUCUUUUUAUAGCUAACAGUGUGUGGUUCACCCCAGUUGUAGAAAAAGCCUGAAGCUUGAAGGCCAUUGCUUUGAUUUGCCAUCUCUUUCCAACCAAUUUUCGAUUGGUUUGGUAAAGGAAGAACCCAAUCAAUUAUGUAUUGACAGUGCCCCAUGUUUGGAACCCCAAAGCUGUCCUUUUAUAGCUAUCAGUGUGUGGUUCACCCUAGUUGUAGAAAUAACCUGAAGCUUGAAGGCCAUCACUUUGAUUUGCCAUCUCUUUCCAACCAAUUUCUCAUUGGUUUGGUAAAGGAAGAACCCAAUCGCAUAUGUGGUGACAAUGCCCCAUGUUUGGGAUCCCAAAGCUCUCCUUUCAUAGCUAACAGUGUGUGGUUCACCCCAAUUGUAGAGAAGCCUUGAAGCUUGAAGCAAUCGCAUUGAUUUGCUAUCUCUUUCCAACCAAUUCCCCAUCGGUUUGAUAAAGAAAGAACCCAAUCACAUAUAUGGUGACAAUGCGCCAUGUUUGGGAUCCCAAAUAUCUCCUUUUUAUAGCAAAGAGCAUUUGCUUCAAUUAUAAAGAAGCCCCGAAGCUUCAGUUUUCUUUCUCUUUCCAACCAAUUCCCCCAGUCUGUUAAAGGAACAACUCACAACUGUUCCAUUUCCCAAAACAGGCCAUAUUCUCCCUUUCCUCCUGCCUUUUUUGGCACAACCAGGUGUCUUAUGUGCGCGUUAUGCUUAUAACUGCCUCCAAAUCAGUACAGUACAGUAUAUAUAUGUAUGUAUGUAUGUAAUGUAUAUUUGAACGUAUGUCUUGAGUUUGUCGGCCCGCAGCAUGUCCCAUAAAUCUUAAGAGAGCGGGCGGCUUAAAAAACGGGAACCCUUCUUGUAACUUGAUGUGUAAAAGUGACGUAUGUACCUGGCAUUAAAAACAAAAAAGGACUUGUGAA